UCCAGCCUUGCUCUUUCAGAUAGCAACUUGCCCCACAGCCACGCCUUGGGUACAUGAACAAUGCAAUGCCAGCAUCAAAUUUAUAGGGACCCUAAAUUCUGAAGCUAGUGUCAAAUGAAAGUGUUGCAGGGGCAGAGUUGAGGUUUCGGAGUUUGAUGGCGCCCAACCUGAUCAUGGAAUUUCAUGAAAGUGAGAUCAAAUAGAGUCAUGACUAUGAUUUGAAACACAAUGAAAAUGGUUGAAUGAAUCACAUAACUGACGUAAAUGAAAGAGGAUAAAUACUUUUCUACAGUUACCUUGUUUGUAUUGUAACUGUGUAUGCCAUCAUAUAUUCUUUUACUCUAUAUGUAGAGUAAAAGAAUAUUAGAAUUUAGAAGACUGACGUUAGUUUUACCAAGUAUAGUCUUCUAAUGCAUAGGUUCUUUGUCCUUGUGAAGUUGUAAUAGUAAACAUUUCUUGCUGCUCUUUUGAAAGUACUACAGUAAAAUAAAAAAUCAGAAUAUUUAAAUAGAUUCAAAUUUACACGUUAUAUGGUGUAUAUGUAGACGUGUACAGAAUCGAAGCUUCUAUUGAUAUUUGUAUAAUGUCCAUCUCAAUUCUCAGCAAACGCCCAAAAGGUCCUCAACAAAGUCAUUGAGCUUCCAGAAGUCAAAGGUUUCCAGCUUUGGUUCUGGACGCGUAGGGUGUCGCAAAUAAUAUUCUUCCUCCCAAGUCAUUAGGUUAUUCCCCUUAAUAACUUAUUGAAAUUGGCCAUACUCCAAUGGCUUUAUAUACAUAUACAAUCGCACUACAUUUCCAUCAUAACUACCUCAUUUCCAAGUUUCAUCCUAGAAAAGCAAACUCACGAAGCAAAGAAAAACCAGAGAAAGAUGGCUGAGAAGACUCACCAGGCUUAUCCUAUAGCCCCAGCAAAUGCUUACACAAGAAGUGAUGGAGAAUCUUUGGUAUCUGAAGAUGAGCUGAAACGCAAGAAGAGAAUCAAGUUGUUUACCUACAUUGGUAUUUUCAUUGUGUUUCAGAUCAUAGUGAUGACCGUUUUUGGUCUCACUGUGAUGAAAGUCAAGACCCCCAAGGCUAGAUUGGGCGACAUCAGUGUCCAAACUCUCAACUCCGUCCCUGCAACACCUUCAUUCGAUGCAAUGUUCACAACCCAGAUUAGGAUCAAGAACACAAAUUGGGGUCCAUACAAGUUUGAUGCAGGUAGUGCCACAUUUCUGUACCAAGGAGUGGCUAUUGGGCAGGUUGUGAUUCCUAAGAGCAAGGCAGGAAUGCAUUCCACCAAGAAGAUUAAUGCAGAGGUCAGUGUGAAUACUAAUGCAUUGCCGAGCAGUUCUACACUCGGCAGUGAAUUGAACAGUGGGGUGUUGACACUGACCAGCCAGGUUCAAUUGAAAGGAAAAGUCGAAUUGAUGCUCAUCAUGAAGAAAACCAAGAAGGCUUCUAUGGAAUGCACCAUAACAUUUGAUUUGUUUUCAAAGACCGUCAAAGCUUUACAGUGCAAAUGAUCACAAUAUCCGAAAAGUGAGUGCAGGAAGGUGGAGUUAGGCUGCAUCUUUAACUAGCAUUUGAAUUGGGAGAUGAUCAAAGACCAAUUCUUGAUUGUACAGUUACUAUAUUUCUUUGUUCUUUGUGGGAAGCUUUCAUUCUUUGAAGAGUUACAUAAAAAUUUCCUUUACCACUGAGGCCACUGUUUAUCUUUUUGGCUACUAAGUAGCUUUUUUAUCUAUCAUCAUGCCAGAAUAAUCACCUGGGUUUGUAUCUAA